UCUGCCAGUCCAAGUCGUACUUCGGUACUGAUCGCUGAGACAUGGGGAUGGUACUUCAGUACUAGUUGCGCGCGAAAUUCAAACGGAAUUACUACUAUGACCUAUCGGUCCUAACGAAGGAUAAAUUCAAUAGUGGUACCGCGAAGUACUGUUUUUUUUUUGAUAAUUUUUGUUUUGAUUGUUGUUACUGUCAUGUUUGUACUGUGAACGUGUGUAGUAAUUUAGGGUUUUUGUUAUUUCGUUUAUUUAUUUUAUUGCCGUAAUCUUAAUUCUAGUCUUACCAAGAUGCUGCCAGCUGCCUUAGUUACUUUAGUCACUUUUUUAUUAGAAAUAUGUAGUUCAUCACCUGUAUAUAAUAUGCAACCAGCAUUUAUAACGAAUACAGUGGGUUCUACGGCGGGUAGAAACAUUCGAAAUUUGCCGUGUAUAUCUAGGAGAAAUAGUAACUUAAGUGGUUACUGCAUGUUUGCCAUAGACUGUUUAAAAGCCAACGGUACUCAUUUGGGCACCUGCAUAGAUGGAUUUUACUUCGGUUCCUGCUGUCACAUAGAACCUGUUAAAGAUAUAAUAGAUAACCACAUAGACACUGAUAUUAUUCCCCAUCGAGAACCUCCAUUCCGGAUAUCAAGUACUACAUCGAGGACGCCAAGUACUACGUCAGCUCAGAAGAAUGUAUCUUCGACUACGUUAAGGACUAGCACGACGACAAGAAGUAAAAGCACAAGUACUACUAAAAUACCUGUAACAAGCACUGGCAGUAUAAAACCUGUUUCAACUACAACUAGUGGACUUAACAUUUCGAGUUUAAGAACGACUAUUAGCACAAGCACAUCCAGCACGACGCUGCCAGAAAAAUUACAAACAUUCCAAGUAGUAAAUACUAAUAACGUACAAGACGAAGCCACCAAACCCUCCAUUAUAACGACAGUUUAUAGCAGCAGUAGACCUGCAACGAAACAACCAGUUACUGUUACUCCAACAAAAAGUCCAAGCAGUAUACGACCAUUGUCUUCAUCGACUGCGCCAAUUAUACCGAUUACUAAAAGGCCAGUUCAAAGUUCCACGACUUCCAUAGGUCCUUCAAAUUUAACCAGCGCUACACCAACAUAUUCAAGUGUUACAGCUUCAACAACUAAAGCCCCAGUAAAACUAAGUACUCAAACUACUUCAAAACCAGUGAUUUCAGAAAUUACAAAUAAACCAACUAAAACAACAAGGAGCCCUCCAACAAAAGCAACUCAGAAGCCAACAAAACCAACUAAAGCAACCCUUGUCACGAAAAAAACCCAGAGUACUACUAAAGCAUCAUCCAUUUUAACAAAGCCAACCAAAAUCAGCACAGCAAAACCAACUAAGAGAGUAACAUCAUCUACUGAAAGGUCAACAACGACAAAACCUACAAGAACCACUACACAGAAAAUUCCAACAAAAUCUCCAAUCUCAACAUUGGCAACUAGCACACAUCGUGUACCAAUUUCUACUCCACCAAGUUCCACCGCAACAAGCACUGAGUCUACAAGUAUUUCUAUGACGACCAGCAAACCCAACAACACGCAAACGUUGCAGACCGUCAGCGGAAAUAUAGCUACGAAUGAAAUUGAAGACUCGCAUCAUAGUCAGCAGCCAACAACAAAUAAACCUGGAGGUUUGAUCACGUGGACAGUUGUUGAUAAUAGGAAUUCCUCAACUACUGUGUCGGAUCAAAUGUUCAAUAGUACGACUGAAGAUUGGGUGCCAAUAACUACACCAGAUGGUUGGGUAUUACUGCCAAGCGUAUCGUCCAAUGCAACAAUGCCACCUUCCAUGGACUCAUCAACAACAGUCUUACCUUCCAGUUCCGUUUCCUCCAUAUCUACAAGCAGCUCUACAUUUGGACCUAUCACUUUACCUACACCGUUCGACAAACCAACAGUUCAAAACGUUACAACAGAAGCACCCACAGCAACAGAUAGUUCUAGUAUUUCUUCGAGUACUAUCGAAGUUGUAACUAUUGAGAAUGAAACGGACACAGCUGACAACUCUACUAUCAAUACAACACCACCGUUGGAAAAUUUUGAACAACCUGUUAAUAUGAGCGAUUUCACUGAUGUAUGCGGCAGACGUAUGUACCCUGAGGCGAGGAUAGUGGGUGGAGAGAAGUCAUCCUUCGGGAAAUGGCCGUGGCAGAUCUCGUUGCGUCAAUGGAGGACGUCCACAUACUUGCACAAGUGUGGUGCUGCUCUGUUGAAUGAAAACUGGGCCAUUACUGCUGCGCAUUGCGUUGAUAAUGUUCCUCCGAGCGAUCUUCUACUGCGGUUAGGUGAGCACGAUCUUUCUACCGAAUCAGAACCGUAUCUGCAUCAAGAGAGAAGAGUUCAAAUAGUAGCGUCCCAUCCUCAAUUCGAUCCUCGUACAUUCGAAUAUGAUUUAGCGCUACUAAGGUUUUACGAACCUGUCACGUUCCAACCAAAUAUCUUACCAGUUUGUGUUCCGCAAUCUGAUGAGAAUUUCGUUGGAAGAACUGCCUAUGUAACAGGUUGGGGAAGGCUAUAUGAAGAUGGUCCCCUACCGAGUGUCCUUCAAGAAGUGUCCGUUCCUGUGAUCAACAACACGGUCUGCGAAUCGAUGUACCGAGCCGCGGGCUAUAUCGAACACAUCCCACACAUCUUCAUUUGCGCCGGCUGGAGACGUGGCGGCUUCGAUUCCUGCGAAGGCGAUUCAGGCGGUCCGAUGGUUAUCCAGCGACAAGAUAAUCGCUUUUUACUCGCUGGUGUCAUUUCCUGGGGCAUCGGCUGUGCAGAGCCGAACCAACCCGGCGUUUACACUAGGAUAAGCGAGUUUCGAGACUGGAUCAAUCAGAUUUUACAAUUUUAGAUUAGAGUUUUUGGAUCUCGCCCCGCAAAUUUAUAGAAAUAUUUAUUAAAGAGCGCACUUAUAAAGUACCCCGCACAAAUCUUAUGAAAAUUAGGUCCCAGUUGAUUUCGUUCAUACUUUAAGAAAAUACUCUUUGAAGCAUCCUGAUAAAAAGUUGUCUUGGGCGCAACUCAAUCGUAUGAAGGAUUUUCAAGAUAUAGAUGCACAAACUCGGAAAAUUAUAAGAUUUACUGGGUAUUCCAAUUCCUUGAGGUAUUGGUUAUCUGGCAACAUGUAUAAGUUUGGAUCAAGGAAAAGUACUAAUAGUCUAGGUUUUUUCUUAUCUAUCCAAUGGCGACCUUUACUUUGACCUUGACCUUCAACGGACGUCAUCUUCUAGAGUUUCGAGGGUUUUCGGCAUUAAAUUUAUAUAAAGAGAUUACUCAUGGGUUUUUGGGAUCGCUAAAACCGAAUAUGCUAUCAGAAUUGACCCCAGAGGACGUGGUGGUCAGGGCCACUGCAAGGGACGUCAUCUUCUAGAGUUUUGAUGCUUUUUCGCAUUUACUUGUUGCAAAUAAAUUACUGGAGGGUUUUUUGUGGUCGCUAAACACGAAUAUGCCACCAGAACCGACUCCCGGGCACCUGUUUUCCAAGGUCAAUGAAAGGGGCUCCUGGAGUUUCGAGGGUCUUUGGUACUUUACAGUACAUUACAUACAGUACACUCGAGUACAUUAAUGCCAACAG